CAGGAUGCCCCCUUAAUGCUGGGAGAAGCUGCCGGAGUCCAGGAGUGGUGGGGUUCACAGGGCGCAUGGGGACUUCAGGCUAAGUCCUGGCUGAGGAAUCACAUCCACAUUUUGCUCCAGGUCGGCCCCUCUUCCAGGAGACAGGGAAGGGACAUGGCUGUGAUGGAGCCAGCUCAGAUGCCGGUGACCUUCGAGGAGGUGGCUAUUUAUUUCACCCAGGGGCAGGGGGCUCUGCUGGACCCCGCUCAGAGAGCCCUCUACAGGGACGUCAUGCAGGAGAACUACGAGAUGGUGUCCUCGCUGGGAUUUCCCAUUCCCAAACCUGAGCUUAUCGCCCGGCUGGAACGAGGGGAAGAGCUGUGGGUGUCCGAUCUCCAGGAUUUCAAGGACAGAAGGCUUCUGAGAUGCACCAGCACAGCAGGUGCUGAGCGAGGGAGUGAGAAGAAGGAGGGGAAUCAUCAUGAGGCAGUUCCUGGGGAAGUGGAACCACUGGGGACCUUUUUGGGAAGAGCUGAAGGGAAUUUUUCCCCUUGCUGGAAUCAGGGAGAAGCCUGGGGAAAUUGGCACAGGACAAAGAGGCUUCUGAUAAACCAACCCAGGAAGAAAGUGGAUGAAUCUAUUAAUGGUGGGGGAGGAGAUGAGAAUCCCAGAGAGCAGCAGACAAAUCCCAAGGAAGAGACACCCUGGCACUGCCUUGAGUGUGGGAAAGGAUUCAUUGUGAGAUCACAACUUGUUACACAUCAGACAGUCCAUACGGGAGAGAAACCAUUUCAAUGCUUGGACAGUGGGGAAAGCGUCAAUAAGUGCAAAGAUCUUAAUAAUCAUGGUAGAAGCCACACUGUAGACCAGCCCAUUCAAUGCGUUGAAUGCGGGAAAUGUUUCAGUUCAAAGUCAGCACUAAAUUCACAUGAGAAAAGCCACACAGGAGAGAGACCCCAUAAAUGUUUGGACUGUGGAAAAAGUUUCAGGUGGAGGUCGGCGCUUGUUAAUCAUCAGGCAGUCCACACAGGAGAGAGACCCCAUAAGUGCUUUGAUUGUGGGAAAAGUUUCAUAUGCAAGUCAUAUCUUGCUAAUCAUCAGGCAAUCCAUAGAGGAGAGAGACCCCACAAGUGCUUUGACUGUGGGAAAAGUUUCAUACGAAGGUCAAACCUUGUUCAACAUCACGCAAUUCACACAGGAGAGAGACCCCACAAGUGUUUGGACUGUGGGAAAAAUUUCAUACAGCGGUCAACCCUUGUUAAACAUCAGGCAAUCCACACAGGAGAGAGACCCCACAAGUGUUUGGACUGUGGGAAAAGUUUCAAGCGGAAGUCAGACCUUGUUAAUCAUCAGGCAAUCCACACAGGAAAGAGACCCCAUAAGUGCUUGGAGUGUGGGAAAAGUUUCACAUGGAGAGCAGGCCUUUUUAAUCAUCAGAGAAUCCACACAGGAGAGAGACCCCAUAAGUGCUUGGACUGUGGGAAAAGUUUCAAGCGGAAGUCAGACCUUGUUAAUCAUCAGGCAAUCCACACAGGAGAGAGACCCCAUAAGUGCUUAGACUGUGGGAAAAGUUUCACAUGGAGGUCAGACCUUGUUAUUCAUCAGGGAAUCCACACAGGAGAGAGACCCCAUAAAUGCUUGGAUUGUGGGAAAAGUUUCAUUCAGAGGUCACACCUUGUUAAACAUCAGGGAAUCCAUACAGGAGCAAGACCCCACAAGUGCUUGCACUGUGGAAAAAGUUUCAUAGAGAGGUCACACCUUCUUAAUCAUCAGGCAAUCCACACAGGAGAGAGACCCCACAAGUGCUUGGACUGUGGGAAAAGUUUCAUACAGAGAUCAAACCUUGUUAAACAUAAAACAAUUCACAAAGGAGAAAGAUCCCAUAAGUGCUUGGACUGUGGGAAAAGUUUCAAGCGGAAGUCAGACCUUGUUAGUCAUCAGGCAAUCCACACAGGAGAGAGACCCCACAAGUGUUUGGACUGUGGGAAAAGUUUCACAUGGAGGUCAGACCUUGUUAAUCAUCAGGCAAUCCACACAGGAAAGAGACCCCAUAAAUGCUUGGACUGUGGGAAAAGUUUCAUACAGAGAUCACACCUUGUUCAACAUCAGGCAAUCCACACAGGAGAAAGACCCCACAAGUGCUUGGACUGUGGGAAAAGUUUCACUUGGAGAUCAGCCCUGGGUUAUCAUCAGAAAAUCCAUACAGGAGAGAGACCCCACAAGUGCUUGGACUGUGGGAAGAGUUUCAUACGGAUAGAUCUUAAUAACCAUGGGAGAAGCCACACUGUGGACAAGCCCAUUCAAUGCGUUGAAUGCGGGAAAUGUUUCAGUUCAAAGUCAGCACUAAAUUCACAGGAGAAAAGCCACACAGGAGAGAGACCCCACAAGUGCUUGGACUGUGGGAAAAGUUUCAAGCAGAAAUCAGUCCUUGUUAGUCAUCAGGCAAUCCACACAGGAGAGAGACCCCACAAGUGCUUGGACUGUGGGAAAAGUUUCAUACGAAGGUCAACCCUUGUUCAACAUCAGGUAAUCCACACAGGAAAGAGACCCCAUAAGUGCUUGCACUGUGGGAAAAGUUUCACAUGGAGAUCAGACCUUGUUAUUCAUGAGGCAAUCCACACAGGAGAGAGACCCCACAAAUGCUUGGAUUGUGGGAAAAGUUUCAUAAAGAGGUCACACCUUGUUAAACAUAAGGCAGUCCACACAGGAGAGAGACCCCAUAAAUGCUUGGAUUGUGGGAAAAGUUUCAUACACAGGUCAGACAUUGUUAGACAUCAGGCAAUCCACACAGGAGCAAGACCCCACAAGUGCUUGCACUGUGGGAAAAGUUUCAAGCGGAAAUCAGACAUUGUAACUCAUCAGGCAAUCCACACAGGAGAGAGACCCCACAAGUGCUUGGACUGUGGGAAAAGUUUCACAGCAAGGUCAAACCUUCUUAAACAUAAAACAAUUCACAAAGGAGAAAGAUCCCAUAAGUGCUUGGACUGUGGGAAAAGUUUCCAGCCGAGGUCAAACCUUGUUAAUCAUCAGAGAACCCACAGAGGAGAAAGACCCCACAAGUGCUUGGACUGUGGGAAAAGUUUCACUUCGAGAUCGGCCCUUGGUUAUCAUCAGAAAAGCCACACAGGAGAGAGACCCCACAAGUGCUUUGACUGUGGGAAAAGUUUCAAGCUGAAAUCAGUCCUUGUUAGUCAUCAGGCAAUCCACACAGGAGAGAGACCCCACAAGUGCUUUGACUGUGGGAAAAGUUUCAAGCAGAGGUCAGUACUUGUAAAACAUCGGGCAGUCCACACAGGAGAGAGACCCCACAAGUGCUUUGAUUGUGGGAAACGUUUCAAGCAGAGGUCAGACCUUGUUAAACAUCAGGCAAUCCACACAGGAGAAAGACCCCACAAGUGCUUGGACUGUGGGAAAAGUUUCAGAUGGAGGUCAGACCUUGUUAUUCAUCAGGCAAUCCACACAGGAGCAAGACCCCACAAGUGCUUGCACUGUGGGAAAAGUUUCAAGCGGAAAUCAGGCCUUGUUAGUCAUCAGGCAAUCCACACAGGAGAAAGACCCCAUAAAUGCUUGGACUGUGGGAAAAGUUUCAGAGAGAGGUCAACCCUUGUUAAACAUCAGGCAAUCCACACAGGAGAAAGAUCCCAUAAGUGCUUGGACUGUGGGAAAAGUUUCAAGCGGAAGUCACACUUUGUUAAUCAUCAGGCAAUCCACACAAGAGGAAGACCCCAUAAGUGCUUGGACUGUGGGAAAAGUUUCACAUGGCGGUCACACCUUGUUAAUCAUCAGGCAAUCCACACAGGAGAAAGACCCCACAAGUGCUUGGACUGUGGGAAAAGUUUCACUUGGAAAUCAGCCCUUGGUUAUCAUCAGAAAAUCCAUACAGGAGAGAGACCCCACAAGUGCUUGGAGUGUGGGAAAAGUUUCAUACGGACAUCAGACCUCGUUAAACAUGGAGGAAUCCACAGAAGAUGUAAACUUCUGUGACACAUGGCAAGAAAAGGUUAAGCAACUUGUAUGUAAUUGACUCAGAUUCAACUUUUAGACAGAGAUUUUAAAAGUGUUUCUGCCUUCAUUAAGCUAGAGUUUGAAAUGUAAACAUGUUAAAGACUUGGAAGAGUGGUAACUGUCGUGGUCUAUAUUUAGCUGUAUCUUUUUAGAGGUUAACAAUUUAUGCAAAGGGUUCCUGUAUUUUGUUAAUUCAGAGAUUAUACCCAUCGCCCAUGUCACCUGCCCAAUUCCAGCUCCCUCUCCUUGAAAUCACUGGGGUUAGGGGCUGAAGGAUGGAGGGAAUGUUUAUAGCUGAAAUCACCAAAAUGUGUUUUGCAAGGUGGCCAUAUAUGUGCUUGUGAGGGUGGGGCGGAAAUGACGACACACACAAAGAAGGGGGGGGCC